CCCUUAGACCGAGUCAGGAGAACUUUGGAGAACGUGCAAAUGGUGGGAAGGAAAUCGAGGAAGCAUAGAUAACAAGAAAAUUAAGUCGGGUGGACCGAUUCUGAUAAAGUGUGUAUAACUACAACCAAGAAACUUAAAGAUUUGAACAAAGAGAAAGGACGCAAAAAUAGAGCAUCUUGAUUGACAUUUAAUAAGACGGAUAGAGAAAAAUAUAGAAAACGUAGUGAAGAAUACAUAAAUAGAAAUAUAGAACAAUAGUGAAACAAAAGUUCCGUUUUUCAAAAAAAGAAGAAACAUAGAAGAAGAUAGUAUAAUAAGUAAAAGAAGACAGUUUGCCAGCUAAAGCAAACGAAGGGGAAGAAAAGUAACAUAACUCCAAUGUAUUACGGUCCCCCUCGCGUAAACGAAGUUACAGAAAUAUGUCGUUACCACGAGAAUGGUGCCUGCAGGAUUCGGUCGAACGUGACGCUGUCGUACCGACGACAGCGUCGCAGGAGAUGGUCGGCACGACUGUCAUCGACGAAAAUAUGAAUCAACAAAAUCAACUGGGUUCCCUUUUGUCUAUACAUUCAGCACCCGUCUUCGAUUUAAGUACAGGUGUGCCAUCGCCUAAGAGACCAGCCUCUUUAGCCGUCCAGGCGACAGCAACCUCGACGCCAGUUGUACCACCGCAUCUUCAAAGUCCAGAGACGAUAGAGGACGAAGAUAACGACAAUCUCUUGACUAUAUCGAGUCUCACGGCUAGGCCGUUGAUUGCCAAAUCUCGAGAACUUCGAUCAACUAAAAACUCUAAUACGAAAAAGAAGAAACCUAAAAAAAGCGAAACGAAAAAAAAAUCAAGAAAUAUCACAUACGUUCCAUUAGAUGGUGGUUACGGUUGGAUUAUCGUAUUCGGGGCGUUUUUUGUUCAGUUUUGGGUGACUGGACUUAUGAAAUCUUAUGGAGUGCUAUAUGUUGAGGUGAUGGAAACAUUUAAGGAUUCCUCAGCAUCUGUCGCUUCUUGGAUACCAGCUAUUUUAUCUUGUCUUUGUCUCGCACUUGCUCCAGUGACGAGUAUGUUGUGUCAGAAAUACAGUUGUCGGGCUGUCGUUUUCGUCGGUGGAUUAUUUUGCGCUUUAGGAUUAACAAUAAGUUAUUUUGCCACGAGCUUGAUACAUCUCUUUUUUACAUUCGGUGUUUUGACAGGAAUUGGUGGUGGUCUUUCGACAACACCAGGUAUUAUCCUCGUUUCUCAAUAUUUCGACAAGCAUCGUGCCCUAGCAAAUGGUAUAUGUGUAUCUGGUACAGCAGCUGGUAGUUUUGUAUUUCCACUUCUAAUUAAGAUUCUAGUGGAUAAUUUUGGUUUUCACGGUACCAUUCUCCUACUUGGCGGUUGCAUGUUGCACGUGUGUGUAAGUGCAACUCUAUAUCGGCCUUUAGAGAACAACUACGCGCCGGAAGAUUUGAAGAUACCAGAAAAAGAGGAAAAGGUUGAAUAUACAAAGGAAUUAGAGUCAGCAAAACAACAAAAGUUAGAUUUAAUAUUCGCUAACGACUCAACUGCAAAACAUAAUCUGUUGAACGAAUUAUUUCAUCAGAACAGUGUGGUGACGGUCGAACUGACAGACAGCGAUGAAGAGAAGGAUGUGAUGGGUGAAGGUCUCCAGAUGAAACCAAUCUCGAAAAUACGUAGUUCAAGUAUAUUGCAUAGUGUCGAAGAUUUGUCGACCGAUUCCACGUGUGUAUACAAAGCCAGAUCAUCGUUAAGAUCACUAAAGUCGUCGAUUACGGUAGUAUGUCCAGAACGAACUUCAAUUCCUCAAAACGAAGCACAACUGCCGGAGGAAAAGAAAACAUUAAUGCAGAGAAUAACACAAUAUAUCGAUUUAUCUCUAUUAAAAAAUCCUCAAUUCAUCAUGAUGUGCUUUUCCGUUAGUCUGAUGUCAACUGGGAGUCCAUAUAUGCUCUAUUAUCUUCCGGCAUAUGUGCAUGCUGCUGGUUAUACAAAGUCAGAAGCUGGAUACUUGGUAGCUAUUUCCGCCGCGCUUGAUUUAUGCGGAAGAUUAGGACUUGGAUGGCUUUCAGAUUUAAAGCUUUUUGAUCGACGGAAAGGAUAUAUCGGAAGUGUUGUGGGUGCUGGUGUAGCAGUAUUGGCAAUUCCAAUGGCCCAUUCUUUCUAUGUGUUGGCAUGUUCCGUAGGCAUGUAUGGAUUAUGCUUGGGCUGUUGGUUUCUUUUGGUUCCCGUCCUUCUUGCAGACCAAUACGGAACUGAUAAAAUAUCUUCUACUUACGGUCUUGUUAGGAUGUUCCAGAGCGUCGGAGCAAUUUCUAUUCCGCCUUUAGCAGGAUACCUACGCGAUGUAACCGGAAGUUACUCCGUAUGUUUUCUAUGCAUGGGCACAUGCAUGGUUAUGGGAGGUCUACCUCUACUUCUGAUUUUUAACGAAGUAUCGAAUUCAUCGAAGAUGACUGUUAAUAAUGUCAAGAACAAUAACUGUCAAGGAGAAGCGAUUGCAAAAAAAUAAAGAUAUUUUGCGAAUGUGAUUGAAUGUGUAAUAGAAAUCUAAUAAAUCACCACAUUUGUCGCUACAAUUAUUCCACUAUGAUGUAUUAAUUGGUUCAGUGUAUUCGAAACGUUUACAUAAAAUACCUCGUUUGCUGCAGAGAAUGAAGAAUUGCGGCAGAUCCUGCGAUGAAAGAAAUAAUCUUAGUAGGAAAUACAUAUUUUUCAUACAAACAGAUGUAAUUAAACACAGUGAUCUUUAAUAAAAAUUGUAUUCUUUUCAUUAA